GGUUAGUUCCUGCUCUUUGCUGGCCGUUUCCUGUAAUCGUACUGUGUUGUGAGACGGAGAAAGCCAUGUGUGUCGAUGCAAAGGAAAGGGACAGCAGCGAAUGAUCUUGCUGAUGGGCAUCCACUCCGUAACUGCCCAGUCAGAAGGGAGAAGUAGGUGGUGAAAAGGAGGCAAGGUAGAGGGGGGGGAAUAGAGGAUCCACUGCUUAAGCAGUCUCUCCUCUGUCCCAAACCUUCCUCCACCUCCCUUACCGUCCCAAUAUCCGUGCAGAAAAGAUACUUUGACGAAAGCCCCUUUUGGUUUGAAGCAAACUACAGGGGACUGACACGCUAGAAUUUGACUAUCUAUUUGAGUUACGUUUUUUCCUCCCCCAUCCUCUGUGGUCGGGGAAAGAUGGCGGACCCUAUCAUGGACCUGUUUGACGACACGCCGCUGUUUAACCUAGAUGCCCUGCCUGAUGAUGCCUUCUCCCAGGGCUCUUCCGAUCCCGUGGAGGAAGCUCUGAAGCUGGCUCUGGGCCAGGUGGACCCCUCCUCUGACCCCAGCCUGGACAUCUCCACUACCCCAGCCCUCAGUAUGCCAGUGGCAGCUCCCCUUACCAUCCCAGACCCAGUCCCCACACAGCAGCCUGCCUCUGUGGCCCUUCCCCAAACUGUGUCUGUAGCCACAGCACCAGCCCAACUCGCUCUGGAGACUGUAAAUCAGACCACUUACUCUGUAGCCAGUAGCACCAGCGGCACUACCACCGUCCUGCUGAGUUCCCCCCUCACUGUGUCCAGUUCCUCGGGCACACAGCAGAUCACACAGCAGCAGCUCGCCCAGAGCAUAGCCCACCAGCUAACCCCUCAGCAGAUCGCAGCCAUCACCCAGCAGGCUGGAGGCCAGGGAGGACACAAGAUUGUCAUCCUCAAAGGACCCCAGGGCCAAGCCCAGGUGCUGCAAACAGUCGGAGGAACACCCGGGUCUCCUGGUGGCAAAGUCACCAUCGCCAGGGUACUUUCAGGCACCCCUCUCCGUCCAGGCAUGUCCAUACUUCCAGGCGGGACGGUCCUGAACCAGGCGGCCCCCGGGCAGGCCCAGGUGAAGGUUGGCACGGGCAUGCAGAGGCUUGUCCAGUCCCACAACGGGCCUGUCAAGCAGAUGUUGCUGACCUCCAUGCCCCAGACGCAGACGCAGGUCCAGGCUGGUCAGACGGUGCAGGUCCAGCUGCCCACGCAGGCCCAGCUUGCCCAGGCCCAGACCCAGGUGCAGCUCCAGAACCAGGGGCAGCCCACGCAGAUCCAGGUGCAGCUACAGCAAGCCAUGCAAGGCCAGCCACAGGUCACCACCUCGGGCACGGUCCGACCUCAAGGGGUCACUCUCACCACCAUGCCACAGCAGGGUGGCGAGGCGAAGCGCAUCACUCUCGUCCUCCAGCAACCCACCCAGGGCGGCACAGGCCAGGCAGGAACCGUCACCCUCGGAGCGGGCGCUGGCCAGCAGCGGCAGACAGUGCAGUUGCAGCAGGCUGGGCAGGGUGGUCAGCAGCCUAGGCUGGUGCUGGGCUCUCUUCCAGGGAAGCUGGUCCUCCAGGGAGGUCAGCUGGCUGCCCUCACCCAAGCCAGACAGGCAGGCCAGACCGGGGCACAGCCCAAAGUACUGACCAUCCAGCUGCAGGUGCAGCAGCAGCCUAACCAACAGGGAGGAGCUAAGUAUCAGCUGGUGUCAGGAACGGGCACCACGGGCAGCCCUCAGGUGGUGCAGAUCUCCCAGGGCCAAGGAGGACAGAGAUUGGCUGUGCCGCUCAAGCUGCUGCUGCAGCCACAGACCAGCGCCACGUCCACAGCAGGGGGCACCGUCUCCGUGGUGAAGGUCAUCAACACCUCCGCCGCUGGCUCGGCCUCCACCACCACCACCAUGGCCGCCGGGGGGAUCCGCCUAGCCAAGGCGGGCGAGCCGGUGCGCCGCGUGGAGACCCUGUGCAAGCAGGAGAAGGCCAACCGCAUCGUGGCCGAGGCCAUCGCCCGGGCCAAGGCGCGGGGCGAGAGGAACAUCCCUCGCGUCCUCAACCAGGACGAGCUGCCCGCCGGGCAGACGGCUGCAGACCUGGGGGGGGCCGUGACCCCGCCGGCCGCCGCUAAGAAGAAGGGCGGUGGGGGAGGGGGGAGCAGGAAGAAGAGCCCAGGGUCGGCGGCCUCGGGGGGCAAGGGCGGGGCGGGGGCGGAGAAGAAGGGCAAGGCCAAGGCGGCGGGGGGGGUCGCCGGAGCGGGGGUCGCGGCGGGCGUGGCCGGCGGUGGGGGCAGCAAGAGCAAAAGCAAGGCCAAAACCAACACCAUCACUCCAGUGGGGAUUAAGAAGAGGAAGAGGAACGCCUCCUCAGACCACUCAGAUGGAGAGCUGAGCCCCGCCUCGCCCCGCACCCUGGAGGAGGACUUGCUGCAGAAGAGGCGCUCUAACCGGCAGGUGAAGAGGAAGAAGUACACUGAGGACCUGGACAUCAAGAUCACGGACGACGAGGACGACGAGGACGUGGACGUGACCACCACGGCGGCGGCGGUGGCGUCCAUCAGUGGGGGACCCCAGCUGAUGGGAGCCCAGCUGAAACAGGAGCUGGAGCUGGACGGUGACGGGCUGGCCAGCAUGCAGUUCUUUGUGGAAAACCCCAGUGAGGAGGAUGCUGCAAUCGUCGACAAGGUUUUGUCCAUGAGGCUAACGAAAAAAGAGGUGUCUACCGGCCAGUAUGGCAGUGUUGAGGAAUUCUUUGUGAAGUAUAAGAACUACUCGUACCUCCACUGUGAGUGGGCCACCUUGGAGCAGCUGGAGAGGGAUAAGAGGAUCCACCAGAAGCUCAAGAGGUUCAAGGCCAAACAGGCCCAGAUGAGACUCCUCUUCCAGGAGGAAGAGGAGUCGUUCAACCCAGACUAUGUGGAGGUGGACCGUAUACUGGACGAGUCGCACAGUGUGGACAAAGACAACGGAGAGCCGGUGAUCUACUACCUGGUGAAGUGGUGCUCCCUGCCAUACGAGGACGCCACCUGGGAGCUGAAGGAGGACGUCGACGAGGAGAAGGUGGAGGAGUUCAAGAAGAUCCAGAACCGCCAGGCACGCCUGAAGAGAACUCCCCGGCCUCAGGCUGCAGCCUGGAAGAAGCUGGAGGAGUCCAGAGAGUACAAGAGUGGCAACGUCCUGAGAGAGUACCAGCUGGAGGGCGUUAACUGGCUGCUCUUCAACUGGUACAACAGGCAGAACUGUAUCCUGGCAGACGAGAUGGGCUUGGGGAAGACCAUCCAGUCCAUCUCCCUGCUGUCGGAGGUGUUUGGGGCCGGUAUCCAAGGCCCCUUCCUGGUCAUCGCGCCCCUCUCCACCAUCACUAACUGGGAGAGGGAGUUCACCACCUGGACCGACAUGAAUGCCAUCGUCUACCACGGCAGCCUGGCCAGCAGACAGAUGAUCCAGCAGUAUGAGAUGUACUGCAAGGACGACAAGGACCACCUGAUCCCGGGAGCGUACAAGUUUGACGCCCUCAUCACCACCUUUGAGAUGGUGCUGUCGGACUGCCCGGAGCUGAGGGAGAUCUCCUGGCGCUGCGUGAUCAUCGACGAGGCUCACCGCCUCAAGAACCGCAACUGUAAGCUGCUGGACAGCCUGAAGAUGCUGGACCUGGAGCACAAGGUGCUGCUGACGGGCACGCCCCUGCAGAACACUGUGGAGGAGCUCUUCAGCCUGCUGCACUUCCUGGAGCCCGCCCAGUUCCCCUCCGAGACCGAGUUCCUCCGGGACUUUGGAGACCUCAAAACAGAGGAGCAGGUCCAGAAGCUGCAGGCCAUCCUGAAGCCCAUGAUGCUGCGACGCCUCAAGGAGGAUGUGGAGAAGAACCUGGCGCCCAAGCAGGAGACCAUCAUUGAGGUGGAGCUGACGGACGUGCAGAAGAAGUAUUACCGAGCCAUCCUGGAGAGGAACUUCAGCUUCCUCAGCGUGGGCGUCAACCAGAACAGCAACGUGCCCAACCUGCUCAACACCAUGAUGGAGCUCCGCAAGUGCUGUAACCACCCCUACCUCAUCUCAGGGGCCGAGGAGAAGAUAGUGGCCGAGCUGAGGGAGGUGUAUGACCCCAUGGCGGCAGACUUCCACCUGCAGGCCCUGGUACGCUCGGCGGGGAAGCUGGUGCUGCUGGACAAGCUGCUGCCCCGGCUGAAGGCGGGCGGACACAAGGUGCUCAUCUUCUCUCAGAUGGUGCGCUGCCUGGACAUCCUGGAGGACUACCUCAUCAACAAAAGAUACCUCUACGAGCGGAUCGACGGUCGAGUCAGGGGUAACCUGCGCCAGGCCGCCAUCGACAGGUUCAGCAAACCUGACUCUGACCGCUUUGUCUUCCUACUGUGUACCCGCGCUGGAGGCCUGGGCAUCAACCUGACUGCUGCAGACACCUGCGUCAUCUUUGACUCUGACUGGAACCCCCAGAACGACCUGCAGGCCCAAGCCAGGUGUCACCGCAUCGGCCAGUCCAAAGCCGUCAAGGUGUACCGCCUGAUCACCAGGAACUCCUACGAGAGGGAGAUGUUGGACAAGGCCAGCCUGAAGCUGGGGCUGGACCGGGCUGUCCUGCAGAGCAUGAGCAGCAACAAGGAGAGCAACGUCAACGGGGUCCAGCAGUUCUCCAAGAAGGAGAUCGAGGACCUCCUGAGGAAGGGAGCGUACGCCGCCAUCAUGGACGAGGACGACGAGGGCAGCCGCUUCUGCGAGGAGGACAUCGACCAGAUCCUCCAGAGGAGGGCCACCACCAUCACCAUCGAGAGCGAGGGCAAGGGCUCCACCUUCUCCAAGGCCAGCUUCGUGGCGUCUGAGAACCGGACGGACAUCGCCCUGGACGACCCCGAGUUCUGGCAGAAGUGGGCCAAGAAGGCCGACAUCGACUACGACUCCAUGAACAGAAAGAACACGCUGGUGAUCGACACCCCCAGAGUGAGGAAGCAGACCCGCCAGUUCUCCACCCUGAAGGGGGAAGGCGGCGACCUCUCCGACCUGGACAGCGACGAGGAGUACCCGCCCCACAACUCCCGGCAGUCCCGCGCCUCGCGGCGCUCCGAGCGCCACACCGGGGUGGGCUACGGCCGCACCGACUGCUUCCGUGUGGAGAAACACCUCCUGGUGUAUGGAUGGGGGCGCUGGCGAGACAUCCUGGCCCACGCGCGCUGUAAGAGGCGUCUAGGGGAGCGGGAUGUGGAGACCAUCUGUAGGGUCAUCCUGGUCUUCUGUCUGCUGCACUACCGCGGAGACGAGAACAUCAAGAGCUUCAUCUGGGAGCUCAUCACGCCUCCGGAGAACGGCCGGGAACCUCAGACGCUCCUCAACCACUCGGGCCUGAGCAUCCCCGUGCCCAGAGGCAGGAAAGGGAAGAGGGUGAAGGCCCAGAGCUCCUUCGACGUGCAGAAGGUGGAGUGGAUCCGCAAGUACAACCCCGACUCGCUGCUUCUGGACGACAGCUACCGCAAGCAUCUCAAGCACCAAUGCAACAAGGUGCUGCUGAGGGUGCGCAUGCUGUACUACCUCAGACAGGAGGUCAUCGGAGACCACUCAGACUCAGUGUUGAGAGGAGCUGAUGCCAGGGAUGUUGACAUCUGGAUGCCUGAGAUGGAACAGCAGGAGGUGCCGUCAGGCUGGUGGGAUACGGAGGCUGACCGCUCACUCCUAGUGGGAGUCUUCAAGCACGGCUAUGAGAUGUACACGACCAUGCGUGCUGACCCGUGCCUCUGUUUCCUGGAGCGCGCCGGUCGCCCCGACGACCGGGCCAUCGACGCCGAGCAACACACAGGCGACGCAGAGCUAGGAGACGACGGAGACUACGAUAAGUAUUCUGAAGACCCAGAGUUCAAGCCUGCCGCGCGGCACACCAAAGACCUUUAUGAGGAGCCUGACUCCAUGGCCAUGGACGAUGAGAUCUGCGUGGAGGACAGGGCGGGCCCGGUGGUCCCAGAGGGGCCGUCCUCUGGCCAGAGCACGGCCUGUGAGUGGCCCACCAGCUCGUCACUCACCGCCAGGCUCCGCCGCCUGAUCACGGCCUACCAGCGCAGCUACAGGCGGGAGCAGCUGAAGAUGGAGGCGGCCGAGAAGGGCGACCGCAGGCGCCGGAGGUGCGAGCAGGCCAGCAAGCUGAAGGAGAUCGCCCGGCAGGAACGCCAGCAGAGGUGGACCAGGAGGGAGGAGUGUGACUUCUACCGUGUGGUCUCCACGUUUGGCGUGGAGCGCAUCAAGAAGGAGGAGGGCGACCCGCGGGGGGAGGAGCCUGAGAUGGACUGGACCCGCUUCCGCACCUUCGCCCGUCUGGACAAGAAGACUGACGAGAGCCUGUGUCGCUACUUCCGCUGCUUCCUGGCCAUGUGCCGCAGGGUCUGCCACCUGCGCCCAGCCCACGGAGAAGACCCCUCCGAGGUGUCCCAGUCUCUGGCCCCCAUCACAGAGGAGCGCGCCUCACGCACCCUCUACCGCAUCAGCCUGCUGCGUCGCCUCCGGGAGCGCGUCCUGCCCAGCUCCUCCCUGGAGGAGCGCCUCCCGCUGGCCCCGCCCAGCCCCGAGCUGCCCGCGUGGUGGAGUGCGCCCGAACACGACCGCCAGCUCAUGCUGGGCGCCGCCCUCCACGGCGUCAGCCGCACCGAGCUCUCCAUCUUCUCCGACCCGCAGUUCACCUUCCAGCAGGCUCGCCAGGACUACCAGCAGGCCCUGCCCCCGGCCCCCCAGCCCACCAGCACGUCCCAGGGAGAGGAGGAGGAGCCAGCCGUGAAGAAGGAAGAAGAGGAGCCUCGACUGCCGGGGGGCGAACCCCCCAGUGCCCCAGAGGUCCAGACCACGCCCCUGACUCACCAGGAGGGGAAGGGCCGGGCCCGGACUGGCUGGGGCUGGAAGAAGAGCAGAGGGAGGGGGCCCAGAGGAAGUGGGAGGAAGAGAGGAGGAGGAGGAGGGCUGUCGGACUCGGAUUCCGUUACAGAUUCCGGCUCUUCGUCCUCCGAUGGCUCGGCCAGCUCUGACGAGAGUGGGGAGAGCGAAACUGAGCGAGAACGAGCUGCCAAGGUGUGUGAUGGGGAUGAGGAGAACAGCAUGCUCUCCAUGACCCCUUCCCAAGAGGGUGCUCCCCUGACUGACCCCCUUCGAGUGGACUGGCCCAAGGACCGCGUGUUGAUCAACCGUCUGGACAGCCUCUGCACGCUGGUUCUGACUGGCCAGUGGCCAGCCGGACGCCGCUACACAGCUGAGAACCAGCUGACCUCCGCCUCUGACGAGCAGGGGGGAGGAGACGAGCUCAGCUACUCCCGGCUCAUGCGUAAAGGCCACAGCACCCCUGGUGGGGAAGGGACUGAUGAGCAGGACUCUGAGUUCACUGUCAAACUCCUCAAGGAGGAGGGGCUGAAGCUGACGUUUUCCAAGCAGGCUUUGAUGCCCAACGGGGCGGCGGGAGAGAGCAGCGGACGUAGGAAACGGAGGGACCAAGAGCUGUCAGACCCAGACGGGGUGGUUCAGAGUGCGGAGAGGGCGCCCCGGCGCAGGGGCCCACCCAACUGGCUGAAGGAGAACCCAGACUACGAGGUGGAGGGAGACAUGCUGGAGCUGCUUGUCAACAGGAAUAAGAGGAGGAGGAGGAGGAAGAGGACCGAGAAGGCGCUGACGGGGAGCGAGAAGGUGAAGAUCAUCGAUAUGAAGACAGGAAAGAAGGUGGGAGCAGCUUUCGGACCCCUGCUGCAGGACCUGAGGGAGUUUCUCGAGGAGAACCCGGACUACGCCGUAGCACCAGACUGGGCGGAGACUGUUCGAAGCUCUGGCUUCCUCCCCGAGAGCCUCUUCAACCGGCUCCUGACUGACGAGUCUGACAUCCCCAAGCGAGGUCGGCGCCGUCACCACCACCACGCCCCCCUGCCCACUCCGCUGGAGGACCCCCUGCUGGUGGGAGGCGAGGAGGAAGAUGAAGAGGAGGAGACCCUAGUUUCCGAUGGGGCCUACAUGAUGGACGAUGAAGACCUGGAGGAUGGGAACAACCUGACCGGAUCCCACCACUUCCUGCCCCCCGACUUCGACGUCAAGAUGGAGGGAGGUGACAGUUUGUCACAGGGCGGAUAUGAGAGUUCAGACAGGGAGGCCCUAUUGGACGACGUCAUCAUGGCGCACAAGGACGAAUCAGACUCUUCCUCUUCCAGCUCAGAGGAUUGACCAAGCACAUCCUGUCUGACAUAGCCCUUUCCUAUUGAAAUCAUGUUAUUUUCUCAUUCGUGUCAUUAUUCCUUUUUAUUUUUAUCAUUAUCUGUAUCAAAUAAUGGACGGACGUGUUUUUUUUUUGGUUCCCUCUUUUUACUUAUUUGUUUCAUGUAGGUUUUUUGGGGGGGAAGUAGGUUUGCGCCCAUCAACUUCCAUUCCUUUCAUCCAUGAUACUCCCCUUCUGUCUGUGACCAGCCCUUCUUCACGCUCAGCCCCCUCAGGGGCCUCAUCCAGAGCCUCCCUUUCACCUUCUACUCACCUCUACCAACCUCCUUGGCCUCUUUC